AUGUUCCGGUGUGAUGUGCUGUCCGUCCUGCCACCGGAUGCUGUGAAGCUCGCUGGCAAGACUAGUUUCAAAGUUGCAACAUGUUCAUCAGAGACCUGUGAGGGAGACCACAAGUCAUGCCAUGGUGAGUGUGGCAGCCACCAUGAAGAGCAGGAUGCAGUGACCUAUGAUGAUGUGCAUGUGAACUUCACUCAAGAAGAAUGGGCUUUGCUGGAUCCUUCACAGAAGAGUUUAUACAAAGAUGUCAUGCUGGAGACAUACAAGAACCUCACUGCUAUAGGCUACAACUGGGAAGACCAUAAUAUUGAAGUACAUGGUCAACAUUCUAGAAGACAUGGAAGUCAUAAAAGAAGUCAUACUGGAGAGAAACCGUACAACUGUAGUCAAUGUGGUAAAGCCUUUGCACAUCCUCGUAAUCUUCAAGUGCACAAAAGAACACAUACUGGAGAGAAACCCCAUAAAUGCGAUCAGUGCAGUAAAGCCUUUGCACAACACAGUCAUCUCCAAAUGCAUAUGAUAACACAUACUGUAGAGAAACCUUAUAAAUGUAAUGAAUGUGGUAAAGCCUUUGGAUAUCAUAGUUCUCUCCAAGUACAUAAAAGAACACAUACUGGAGAGAAACCCUAUGAAUGUGAUCAGUGUGGUAAAGCCUUUGCAUAUCCUGGUCAACUUCAAAUGCAUAGAAUAAUACAUACUGGAGAGAAACCCUACAAAUGUAAUGGAUGUAAUAAAGCCUUUGCACGACUCAGUUAUCUCCAAAGACAUAAAAGAACGCGUACUGGAGAGAAACUCUAUGAAUGUAAGCAAUAUGGUAAAGCCUUUACAUACCUUUCGGAACUUCAUAGUCAUGAAAGACUGAAUACUGGAGAGAAUCCCUACAAAUGUAAUCAAUGUGGUAAAGCCUUUGCACGUCCUUGUAGUCUUCAAGUACAUCAAAGAACACAUACUGGAAAGAAACCGCAUGAAUAUAAUUAG